AUGGCCACUCCAAGCGUGCAAGAGGUUCUUCCUCCAUCGUUGGAUUCUACAUCUGAGCCACCGCCUCUGUUUGAUGGAACCACCAGGUUGUACAUCAAUUACCAGUGCCCAUUUGCCCAGCGGCCGUGGAUCGUCAGGAAUUAUAAGGGUUUACACGACAAGAUCAAACUGGUCCCCAUUGACCUCCAAAACAGACCCGCAUGGUACAAGGAGAAAGUAUAUCCUCAAAAUAAGGUGCCAUCGCUGGAGCACAACGGAAAAGUCAUUGGAGAGAGCCUGGAUGUGAUUAAAUAUGUGGAUAGUAACUUUGAAGGACCAGCUCUCUGGCCUGACGAUCCUGACAAACAAAAGUUUGCUGAAGAACUGCUAGCCUACAUUGAUACGUUCGUAAAAAAUGUGUUUGGGUCAUUCAAAGGAGACACAAUAAAAGAAGCUGGUGCUGAAUUUGACUAUCUGGAAACAGCUCUUCAGAAAUUCGAUGAUGGGCCAUUCUUCCUAGGCCAGUUCAGUCUGGUGGAUGCUGCUUAUGCUCCAUUUGUUGAAAGGUUUCAAAUCUUUUUACAUGAAGUGUGGAAGUAUGAUAUUACAUCAGGCAAGCCCAAACUAGCAGCAUGGGUCAAGGAGCUGAAUAACCUUGAUGCUUACAAGCCAACGAAGUGUGAUCCUAAGCAUCUUGUUCAGUUAUAUAAAAGCUACUUUUUGGCCCAAACCUAA